CGCCUCCGUGGCCAGCAGCCGCCUGCAGCUCAGCACCUCGCUCGCCUUCUCCGACCUCACCGAGGAGCUGCUGGACGCCGGCACCGACGGGCUGCUCCGCGAGCUGGAGGACCUGCGCUCCGAGAACGACUAUCUCAAGGAUGAGAUCGAGGAGCUGCGUGCUGAGAUGCUGGAGAUGAGGGAUGUCUACAUGGAGGAGGACGUGUACCAGCUGCAGGAGCUGCGGCAGCAGCUGGACCAGGCCAGCAAGACGUGCCGCAUCCUGCAGUACCGGCUGCGCAAGGCCGAGCGCCGCAGCCUGCGCGUGGCACAGACCGGCCAGGUGGACGGAGAGCUCAUCCACAGCCUGGAGCAGGACGUCAAGGUGGCCAAGGACGUCUCAGUGCGGCUCCACAAUGAGCUGGAGGUGGUGGAGAAGAAGAGGAUCAGGCUGGAGGAGGAGAACGAGGACCUGCGGCAGCGGCUCAUCGAGACCGAGCUGGCCAAGCAGGUGGUGCAGAACGAGAUGGACAAGCUCAGAGAGAACUCCCUGAAGAAGCGGGGGUCUCGCUCCAUGGGCAAGACUGAGAAGAAGCCAUCAGUGCAGGAGGACAGCGCAGACCUGAAGUGCCAGCUGCAUUUUGCCAAGGAGGAGUCCGCCCUGAUGUGCAAGAAGCUGACCAAGCUGGCCAAGGAGAACGAUGGCAUGAAGGAGGAGCUGCUGAAGUACAGGUCCCUGUAUGGGGACCUCGACAGCUCCCUCUCCGUGGAGGAGCUGGCUGACUCUCCCCAUUCCCGGGAGGCUGAGCUGAAGGUCCACCUCAAGCUGGUGGAGGAGGAAGCCAACAUCCUCAGUCGGAGGAUAGUGGAGCUGGAGGUGGAAAACCGCGGGCUGCGGGCGGAGAUGGACGACAUGAAGGGCCAGGGGGACAGGGAGCUGCCGGGGCAGGACUCGCGGUUCCUGGUGGGCGUCUCGAGCUGCGGGGACGCAGGGGACACGGUGGCGGAGCUGCGCCGGCACCUGCAGUUCGUGGAGGAGGAGGCCGAGCUGCUGAGGCGCUCGCUGCUGGAGCUGGAGGACCAGAACAAGCUGCUCCUGAACGAGCUGACCAAGUACAAGUCUGACCACGAGCUGGACGUGACGCUGUCCGAGGACAGCUGCUCGGUGGUCAGCGAGCCCUCGCAGGAGGAGCUGGCCACGGCCAAGGUGCAGAUCAGCGAGCUCAGCGGCAAGGUGAAGAAGCUGCAGUACGAGAACAGGGUGCUGCUCUCCAACCUGCAGCGCUGCGACCUGGCCUCCUGCCAGAGCACCCGGCCCAUGCUGGAGACCGACGCCGAGGCCGGCGACUCGGCACAGUGCGUCCCCCCCGCCGGCUGGAGGGACGGCCUGGGCGGCAGCGACGCUGAUGGGCAGGACAGGGGGCUGGGCAGUGGGAAGGCGCCCGAUGGCCCUGCCAAGCUGCUCAAGCCCAAGGACCUGGAGACUUUGCUGGGCAUCCGAGACCAGGCCACACUGGUCAGUAAAGCGAUCGAUGUCCUGAUUUCGGAUGCCAACGGGUUCACCUCGGGGCUGAAGGCUUGCUUGGACAAUGAGUGUGUGGGGGUGCUGCUGGGCGAGGCGGUGGGCAGCGCUGCUGACAGCCCCAGUGAUGCCAAGCUGAUGAACGUGCUGCUGAUGCGGCUGGGUGUGCUCCAGCAGGACCUGGGCUGCUUUGUGAGGAAGGUGGACCACCUCACCGGCGGCUUCAAGGAGCACAUGGACUCGUUCCCCUUCUCCAGUCCCAGCAGCCACGACGUCACCAAAGAGGUGCUGCAGAAGGAGCAUGCCUCCGACUUCCAGCAGCCUGAUUUUAGGGACGCCGACCCUUUCCGCAUCCCCCACACCAAGGACAUGGACCCCACACAUCCCCGGAGCUACAAAACCUGCCGGGCUGAGGAGAACGACUCCUACGCCACCGAGAUGAAGGAGCUGCAGCUGGUGCUGUCAGAGGCCAACGAGAGCCUGCGGGGGCUGCAGGAGCAGCUCUCACAGGAGAGGCAGCUGAGGAAGGAUGAGGUGGACAACUUCUCACAGAAGAUCUGCCAGCUGAAGGAGGACCACCAGAAAGCACUGCUGCGACGGGAGUUUGAGCUGCAGAGCCUGAACCUGCAGAGGAGGCUGGAGCAGAAGUUCUGGAGCCAGGAAAAGAAUCUGCUGGUGCAGGAGUCACAGCAGUUCAGGCAGAGCUUCCUUCUGCUCUUCAUGAAGCUCAAGUGGUUCCUCAAACGCUGGCGCCAGGGCAAGGUGGUGCACAGUGAGGGCGAGGACUUUUUGGAGGUGAACAGCAUGAAGGAGCUGUACCUGCUGCUGGAAGAGGAGGAGCUAGCCCCGCAGCAACAGGCAGACAACAAGAUGUGUGCUGGGGACACCUGGACCCCCAACACGCCCAACGAGUGCAUCAAGACUCUGGCAGACAUGAAGGUGACCCUGAAGGAGCUGUGCACGGAGCUGCGGGAGGAGCGGCGUGGUGGCAGCGAGCUGCAGCAGCAGUUCACCAAGGCCAAGGCUGCCUGGGAGAUGGAGCGGGCUGAGCUCAAGUGCCACAUUGCCCAGCUGGAGUCAAAGGCUGGCAAAGGGAUCGCAGAGCGUGCACUGCCAGACUGGAAGGUGGCACUGAAGAGGGAGCGUGAGGAGCACCAGCAUCUCCUGGCCGAGUCCUACAGCGCUGUCAUGGACCUCACCAAGCAGCUGCAGAUCAGCGAGAAGAACUGGAACCAGGAGAAGGUGGAGCUGCUGGCUCGCUUCAAGGAGGAGCAGCAGCAGGCAGAGCAGCAAGUGAAGGACCUGCAGAACAAACUCAACCAGUUGCAGAAAGGAUCCAAUCCAUGGGCAUUGAAGCACUCUGAAAUGGAGAAGCAUGGCAGCAACUGGAAAGAGGUUCUCAAUGAGAAAAUCACAGACAAGGAGACAAUCUCUGAAGCAAAAGCCAAGGGAACCAACCUCAAAAGGACCAAGUCUGUUUCCUCCAUGUCAGAGUUUGAAAGCUUGCUCGACUGUUCUCCCUACCUCCCUGGAAAGAAUGUGCCAGGGCUGGGUGACCAUGCCCGGGGCAAAAAGGCAUCCUCAACCACCCAGAUGCUGCCCAACGGGAUCCGGGACAGCACCAGCCUUCCUCCUUCAAACUGUACAUAUGUGAAUAUCGAACAACCUGCCCCUGACAGCCUGGCCAAGGAGAAGCUGGACAUCUCCUCCUGGGACUACUCACAGGCAAGCAGCUUCUCUGGGCACGACCCAGCUCAGAAACAAAUCCAGAGGAGCUACACGGCGCCCGAUAAGACAGGGAUCCGCAUCUACUACAGCCCGCCGGUGGUGCGCCGGCUGGAGGCGCCCCUGGUGCACAACAAGGAGGGAAAGAUCAUGAUCGAGCCCGGAUUCCUGUUCACCAUGGCCAAGCCGAAGGAGCCGGAGGAGUCGGCCAGCACCGAGGGCACCUACAGCCAGUGGCUGUGCAACUUCUCCAAGCAGCAGCAGGAGCUGCUGGACAGCGGCGCGGGGGACAGCGCCGUGCCACCAGUGCCACGCUUCCCCCCCUCGCUGCACGACCUGGAGAUCUCCGGCAACAUGAGCGACGACAUGAAGGAGAUCACCAACUGCGUGCGCCAGGCCAUCUGCUCCAGCUCGCUCGAGAGGAAGGUGAAGAGCACCUCCAGCCAGACAGUGGGGCUGGCCCACGUGGGCACACAGACCAUCCAGACGGUGAGCGUGGGCCUCCAGACUGACCUGCCCCGUGGCGCCGGCGUGCAUGGCAAGAGCUGGUCCCCACGCAGCUCCUCCCUCGUGUCCGUGCGCAGCAAGCAGAUCUCCUCCUCCCUGGAUAAGGUCCACUCCAGGAUCGAGCGGCCGUGCUGCUCCCCCAAAUACGGCUCUCCAAAGCUCCAGAGGAGGUCUUCCUCCAAGCUGGACGCCUCCAAGGACAGGAGCCUGUGGAACUUGCACCAGAGCAAGCAGAACGGCUCUGCCUGGGCUCGCUCCACCACCACCCGCGACAGCCCCGUCCUCAGCAACAUCAACGAUGGCCUGUCCAGCCUGUUCAGCGUGGUGGAGCACGCGGGCAGCACCGAGUCCAUCUGGAAGCCGGGCUGCCCUGAGAGCAGCCGGGCCAAGCCCGAAGCACCCAAGUACGGCCUCGUGCAGGAGUUCUUCAGGAACGUCUGCGGGCGGGCGCAGAGCCCCACUGCACCCCAGGAGAAGAAGGAGGCCGCUGGGGAGGAGAGCAAGAGAGCUGAGCACCCCGGCCCCGCCACCCACCACCCAGCCGAAAACUUCCCCCGCAUCUUGAACAAGAAGGUCCUCAAGCAGGGCAGCUGCGAGGACCCCAAGCCCUCGUCCCCUGGUCAGGGCAGUAAGGACGCAGCCCUGCGGGACCCCGACCUCAUCUCGGCCAUAGCCAGCGAGGACACGGCGUGCGAUUGCAGCUCCCAGUCCCUCACCUCCUGCUUUGCCCGGCCUUCCCGCUCUGCGGUCCGCCACUCCCCCUCCAAAUGCAAACUGCACCCCGCGGAGCCCCCCAGGGCGGAGGAGAAGCCGGGGGCCUCGAGUGAGUGA